AUGGCAGCAGCUGAGGAAGAGGAAAUCAGUGUUGAAGAUGAAGCUGUGGAUAAAGCCGCUUUCAGGGACUGUAGCAGGAUUGCUUUCUACAGGCGGCAGAAACAGCAGCUCUCCAAGAAUACCACCUACCGGGCUCUGUUAGGCUCAGCCACAACAGAACAGGACAGCACCAGGUUUCAAAUCAUCAGUGAAGCAACUAAGAUGCCUCUCGUGGCUGAAGUUUAUGGUAUAGAGAAAAGCAUUUUCAGACUUAAGAUCAAUGAAGAAACGCCACUGAAACCAAGGUACGAAGUUCCUGAUGUUGUCAACAGCAAGCUGAGAACUGUAAGGCUGGUCUCCUGCUCAGAGGGUACAGACAGCCUGAUACUGACAGAUGGCAAAGGAGAUCUGAAAUGCCAUAUCUCAGCAAACCCAUUCAAGAUAGACCUUGUGUCCGAGAACGAGGCUGUGGUCAGCGUCAACUCCCUGGGCCAGUUAUACUUUGAGCACCUGCAGAGUCCUCACAAGCAGAGAGCUGCCAAAGGAAACAAGGAGAGUGCAGCCGCUGACGCCUCUCAGGAAAAUCAAGAGGACCUAGGCCUGUGGGAAGAGAAAUUUGGAACAUUUGUGGAUGUCAAAGCUAAUGGCCCUUCCUCUAUUGGUUUAGAUUUCUCCUUUCACGGAUUUGAACAUCUCUAUGGUAUCCCUCAACAUGCAGAGUCACACCAACUUAAAAAUACUAGAGAUGGGGAUGCAUACCGUCUUUAUAAUCUGGACGUCUAUGGAUACCAAAUACAUAACAAAAUGGGCAUAUACGGCUCAGUGCCCUAUCUCCUGGCCCACAAACAGGGUAGGACUGUAGGCAUUUUCUGGCUGAAUGCCUCAGAAACACUAGUGGAGAUCAGCACAGAGCCAGCGGCUGAGAACACACUGGCCCGGAUGGGCCCAGCAGCUGCCAAGCUAAAGGCCGGGUGUCGAACUGACGUGCGCUGGAUGUCAGAGAGUGGAAUCAUCGAUGUUUUUCUGCUGACAGGACCUACACCUUGUGACGUCUUCAAGCAGUACUCACGCAUCACAGGCACACAAGCCAUGCCGCCUCUCUUUUCCUUGGGGUACCACCAGUGUCGCUGGAACUAUGAAGAUGAGCAGGAUGUGGAGGCAGUGGAUGCGGGGUUUGAUGACCAUGACAUUCCGUAUGAUGUCAUCUGGCUGGACAUAGAGCACACUGAGGACAAGAAGUACUUCACCUGGGACAAAAAGAGAUUCGCAAACCCCAGAAGGAUGCAAGAGCUUCUCAGGAGCAAAAAACGGAAGCUUGUGGUUAUCAGCGACCCCCACAUCAAGGUGGACCCUGACUACGCAGUCUAUGCCAAAGCCAAAGAACAGGGCUUCUUUGUGAAGAGUCCAGAAGGUGGCGACUUUGAAGGAGUGUGCUGGCCUGGUCUCUCAUCUUACCUGGAUUUCACCAACCCCAAGGUCAGAGAGUGGUAUUCCAGCCUCCUCGCUUUUCCUGUGUAUCAGGGCUCCACGGACAUCCUCUUCGUAUGGAACGACAUGAACGAGCCCUCGGUCUUCAGAGGCCCCGAACUCACCAUGCAAAAGAAUGCCGUUCACUAUGGCAACUGGGAGCACAGGGAACUUCACAACAUCUACGGGUUUUACCAGCACAUGGCUACUGCAGAAGGACUGAUACAGCGAUCUAAAGGGAAGGAGAGACCCUUUGUUCUUUCACGUUCUUUCUUUGCUGGAUCACAAAAGUAUGGUGCAGUCUGGACGGGAGACAACACAGCCAAGUGGGCCUAUCUGAAAAUCUCCAUUCCCAUGUUACUGACCCUGAGUGUCUCCGGCAUCUCUUUCUGCGGAGCUGAUGUGGGUGGCUUCAUUGGCAAUCCUGAGGCAGAGCUGCUAGUGCGUUGGUACCAGGCCGGAGCUUACCAGCCCUUCUUCCGUGGCCAUGCUACCAUGAACACCAAGCGGCGAGAACCCUGGCUGUUUGGGGAAGAAAACACCCGGCUGAUUCGGGAAGCCAUCAGAGAGCGCUACGCCCUCCUACCCUAUCUGUAUUCUCUGUUCUACCGUGUGCACACGUCUUCUGAACCCGUCAUGAGACCCCUGUGGGUGGAGUUUCCUGAUGACUUAGACACUUUCGGUGUGGAAGAUGAAUACAUGCUGGGAAGUGCUUUAUUGGUUCACCCAGUCACAGAACCACAGGCUGCCACCGCUGAUGUAUUCUUGCCAGGGUCAAGCGAGGUCUGGUAUGAUUCUAAGACAUUUGCACAUUGGAAAGGAGGAUGUACUGUGAAGAUUCCUGUAACCGUGGAUACUAUACCAGUGUUUCAACGAGGCGGAAGUGUGGUGCCAACAAAGACCUCUGUGGGAAAGUCCACCGGCUGGAUGGCUGACGCCCCAUAUGGACUCCGGGUUGCUCUAAGCACUCAGGGCUCUGCUGCGGGGGAGCUGUAUCUUGAUGAUGGCCACUCCUUCCAGUACCUCAGCCAGGACCAGUUCUUACACCGCAAGUUCUCAUUCUGCUCCAGUGUUCUAAGCAACAGGUGUGCUGAUGAAAAGGGCCAUUAUGCCAGCAGCUGUACUGUAGAGCAGAUCCUGAUCUUAGGCCUUAGGAAGAAGCCAUCUUCUGUGACUACCCACUCACCUGGUGGUGAAAUUCAGCCUGCGGCUUUUACAUAUUGUGGCAAAACAUCCACCCUGAGUCUGGAGAAGCUUUCUCUGAGCGUUGGUGAUGCCUGGGAGGUUCAUGUCAGAUGAUGAGCAGGUGCCCUGGUGAUGAGCACAGGAAUUCCCUGGCCUCUCUGCCUUCCUGGCCUUCUGCGAGACCUGGCCUGCCACUAACUUGCUUCCCUGGGGAAAAUGAUAUGUCACUUAUCUCUAGUGGACCCAUGACCAGUAGAUUUCAGGUUUUAAGAUUGUAGCCAGGUGCAGUGGCUCCUACAAUCCCAACACUCAGAAAGCUCAAGCAGAAGGAUCAUGAGUUCAAGACCAGCUUGAGCUACACUGCAAGACCUUGUCUCAAAAAA